GAAGGUGGCACGGGUGCGUCCGAGGAUGUUUCGACCCAAGUGGGGCGGCGUCCAGGCGAAGGUUCAUGCGGACGUUUGCGUCGAACGUCAUAAAGAUGAUCCGUCGGCCUCCACGAGCUACACCCUUGUGGAAGAUGACAACAACGUCGCGACUCCGGCGUUGCAGAGGGGCGACAGCGUCAUUCCCGAAUCCAAGUCGUUCCGAAUCGUGCCGCUCAUGCAAGACACCAACCGCGUGGUUCCUCUCAUGCCCAUGCUGUUGCCAGUGAAUGAGAGUCAACAGCACCGUCGACACUCGGACUUUUCGACGAAACCCUCGGAACCAGGCGCUGCCCCGCCGUCUGCCGUCGCCCCACCCAGUCCCGACAACACCCUGCUUGUGCCUUUGAAAGUCAAAACUUCAAGACGCGAGCAGUUGCGAGUCUUCGCACCACCGGAAACCACACAGUCUAGUGCUUCCAGGUCGACCCCACUGUGGCCAUCCCAACUAGAAGCACCAUCCUCGUCCCUCGUGAUCGCGUAUAAGCCGCUGAAUCGAUGCAUUUAGGUCGGGA